GCUGGUGCGCUGCGCGUGCCCGCUGACGCUGCGUGUCUGCAUCAGCGCCCGGUUUCACCGCGACGCAUCGCAGAGGAGCUUUUACCCCGCACUCCCUCCGAACCGCCGCACGCGCCACAAUGGAGACUAAGCCCGUCAUCACCUGCCUCAAAACGCUCCUGGUCGUGUACUCCUUCGUCUUCUGGAUAACAGGAGCCAUCCUGCUGGCAGUGGGAGUAUGGGGGAAGUUGAUGCUCGGCCCGUACAUCUCUCUGAUCGCAGACAACUCGACCAACGCCCCGUACGUCCUCAUCGGCACCGGGACCAUCAUCAUCGUGUUUGGCCUGUUCGGAUGCUUCGCCACCUGCAGAGGAAGCCCAUGGAUGCUGAAGCUGUAUGCCAUGUUCCUGUCGCUCGUCUUCCUCGCCGAGCUGGUGGCCGGUAUCUCUGGAUUCGUGUUUCGCCAUGAGAUAAAGGGAACCUUUCACAGGACGUACACCGACGCGGUGCUGAACUACAACGCCGAGGACGAGGCGAGUCGCGCCGUGGAUAACCUGCAGCACAGGCUGCGCUGCUGUGGCGUGUAUAACUACACCAGUUGGUUCGGCAGUGUGUAUUACCCGUCCAACGGCAUCCCUGCCAGCUGCUGCUUCAACGCCUCCGACUGCAACCCAGACGUCCUCCGCAACACCACCCUCGCCCCGAGCAAGGUCUACCACCAGGGCUGCUACGAGCUGGUCACUUCGUUCAUGGAGACCAACAUGGCCAUUAUUGCAGGAGUGACGUUUGGGAUCGCCUUCUCACAGCUGAUUGGCAUGUUGCUGGCCUGCUGUCUGUCCAGGAUCAUCACAGCCAAUCAGUACGAGAUGGUUUAGCUGAUGUGACGCGGCAGGGAGGUGAAGAGAAGAAGAGAAAGAGCCUCGACGAGAGUAAACUCACAACAACACUACCACGCGUCUCACUUGGACUCCACCUCCCUUUCCGCCCGUAGUCUUAAUGUAAUAUCGUUAUGUAUCUUACUGUAAAGCACCAUUCCUUGACUCACCGCUGUUGCAUCAAAGCGUUCUAUAGCACACGUCCAUCGAUGUAGAGGUCGCUCAUUAGCAGAUCAGUGCGGCCCACGGCGAGCGGGCACACCGGGUGGUCUCAGAUAGGUGGAAUCGGGCGGCGCUCGGCCUUCCCGGUUGCGGCGUGCUCCAGCGAGCGGCAUCAGAAAACAAGCGCCCACGUUUGUAUAGAAUGACAUUACUGAGGCCUGAAAGUAACACUUUUAAUAGUUUUAGUUUUGCAUUUGACUUUGCUAUUGCACUGCAUCAUGCGUUCCUGUGGCCGUGGCUUUUUCUCACCUCAUUGUCUGCACCAAGGAGGAUAUUUUGAGUUUAUAUAAAUUUUAAAAAGCUGCGUAUUUUUACCUGUAGAUGUGGCAUGAUAUUACUUUGGCUUGGUGAUCCAACCCAAAAGCAGAUUAUGACGAUAAAUAGUGUGUUAAGAUUGUAUUCACUACCUUUAGCCUGGGAUAAAUAAACAAGACCACCGAGUCCAAAUGGGGGGCUUACCCCCCCCCCCCCUCUACAGCGAGGCGUGGUGCAUCCUUAAAUAAAAACGCCCCACAGAUCAUGCGCUGCAAUAGCUCCCUGAAUGUUGCACCUCCCUAAAGGCCGCUUCUGCUGAUCCAUCGGUCGAGAUGACUUGUUAUCGGUCCGCGGGGCACAUCGGCUCUUCAUUGAACGAGUUGAUCUCACAAAAACCCAACACCUGAUCAUCUGAGAGAUUCGUGUGCUUCAAACAAUGCAGAGAAUGAUGCAGAUUAGUGGAGGCAUUCAUAGCGUUCCACGUGGCUGUCAGAUGAAAUGGGACGGAUUCCUCUGCGUGAUUAAGAUCGAGGGGGAAGGUGAAGUCCCGCCAACGUUCACACCUCCGCACACCUGGCCAAUCUGUGCGCACAAUGUGCGGCUCCACAAUCCAACAAGCCCUCUAUUGGGCGCAUACUGACACCUCAGCGGUAAAUCAGUACUUGUCUCGCCUCAAAGCGACUGACUUAAUGCCAAUUAGUCAAGAAUUAGCUUUGAAGAGCAACUUAAACCUAGAAUCUUCUUGUUGUUGUUUUUUGCCAACAAGGAUUCCGUGCUUACAAAGGUUUGAAUGUGUUUCUGUUCAGGCUCAUAUGAAAUCAUAUCAAUAGUUUUCUCCUGCUGGACUCAUAUGACAGCUGUGCGCUACAGUGAAAGACGCUGUUGGCAUUAGAGGUACGCAGGACUCCAGCAGUGUCCUUCUAGAAUUGACAGUAUCCCUUGCAGUGCAUCCACACACCAUCCUCAUCAUCAUCCCCUGUAGAUAUUUAUGCUAAAUGUAAUUUAUAUGACGUGACGUUUCUCAUCCUAAUAUGCUAAUCAGUCUAAAUGUUGUGUCACAGUUUUGAUUCCGCACACCGUGCCGUUAUUUGGUGGAUUAGUUUGUAGGAAAAACUCGCACUGGAAAAAUAAUUGUGGCCAAUGUUUUUGUUACGGUAACGUGCAGCUUGUAGAUGUUUCAAUUCUAGCUGUAUAUUAAUUAUGGUCUAGUUUGUACUAUGAUUACAAGUCAUUUUCUAUCGCUGUUUCGGUAUGUGUGUGAGGGGUUUUUGCUUGCCUUUCUUUGACUGUCACCUUAACAUUGACAGUGUGUUUUCCUUCUGUGCACGUGAGAGAGAGAGAGAGCGUCUAGAGUUCAUGGAUUCUUCACCUUUGGUCAGUAUUUGGUUGUAGCUUUUCAAGGCUCAUCGCUUUUAAAACUGUGAAUCUAUUUAAGUGAAUGUAUGUUUUUCGACACUCUUUACCCAAACGGAUGUUGUCCUGUAAAUACUAAACUGUAAUACCAUCCUGCUUACACAUGGGGUCACCAGACACUGGAAAAGAAUUGCACCAUGUUGUCUGCUAUUACCUAAGUCACCAUCAGUGGUCUUAUUAUCAAUAAAUAUACAGAAUAACAAA